UCCAGUUCGGUCAGUAUUCAGUUGCAAUUUGACACGCUAAGAAGGAUUAAGCUCCUGUACCUUUCAAGUUUAAACUUUUAUUCAUUCAUCUUAAUAGCUUCAAAUAACACGUGUUUUUUUAAAUUUAGCGAUUUUUAAAUAUUAUUUGUCUUGUUAUAACAUCGUUUUUGUUCUUAAAUUUUUGACCAUCAAUAUGACCAUCGAUGCCAAUUAUUAUUUUGACAUCAGAGAAGAAUACCCUAAUCUGGAAUCGGAAAUUCGGGGCAUACUUAUGGCACAUGCUCAGAAUGGAGCAACGAUUCAACAAAUUCGGGAUGACUUUCUUAGUCUAACGGGUGAAAGGUUUCCCGUUUAUGAAGAUGUCACUGAUUUUCUUUUGACCAUUCCAUACGUGACUGCUAUGUGCAACGAAAAUGGCACACGAAUUUUCAACAUCAUGCCUUCGGAGAAGACUCGUCAUGUCUACGAUAUGGUCAUUGGCCAAAAACCUCCUCCCUAUAACAAGCCACCAUCCUAUCAUUCAUCGUUUGGACCGAACAGUUACAAUUGGAAUACCAAUAAUAACAACUUGUAUAGCAACCGACCAUCUUCUGUACGGACUCGAUCGGAUAAAAAUAGCUCACGCAGUGAAUCGGAAGGCUUCUAUGAGAACAUAAACUGCUUCUUCGAGGACAACUACCAAUACUUAUUCAACCGGUUUAAUAAUAGAGAAGAUAUUGCAAAUAAUUUAAACAACAACAAUCUAAAAAACAUUAACAAUAAUCAACAAUGUCCUCCAGUGAACAGUUUCACAAAUAACUUAAAUUCAAACAACGAUGACGGACUAUUUAAAAAACCACUUCCAAAAAACCGUAUUUACACCAGUAGCCAAGGACCACCAUCUCCAACCACAACGAAAAGCCACCAUGACCAAGAAUGGGGUUUAAUUAACGACUGGUCUCAGGAUGCUCAUCUUUUUGAUUUUCAACUAUUGGGCGAUGAUUUUAUGUUGUAUUUGGCCCGCAUGGAAUUGAAAUGCAAGUUCAAGCCAGAUGAAAAAGUUCUGCAAUCAGGACUUUGUAUUUCGGGGCAAACCAUUUCAGCAGCCACUAAGCGAAUCAGCCAACUAAGCUAUGUUAACAAACGUAUGAUUAUUAACAUUGGCUCGGUGGAUAUAUUGCAGGGAAAGCCUUUGGUUAAAAUUCAACAUGAUUUCUUAGAGUUACUCUCGGUCUUGAGAGAACGAGGAGUUAUGCCAAUUGUCACCACUUUAGCACCAUUAGCUUUGUUCGGACAUGUAAAAUCAAUUAAGGAUCGAUUAGAACGGUUCAAUGUUUUUAUUAAACAAAGAGCUCCAAAGGUAAUCGAUAUAUGGUCAUGUGUGGUGAAUGAGAAAUCACAAACGCUAUUUGAUUGUUUCCAAGGUCAACCACGUCAAGUCACCGGGAGUCAUGUUUCGUACUUAUUUUGGAACAAAAUUGGCCGGCAACGAAUACUGAAGAAAAUCGAAUCUGAAAUUGAAUAUUAACUUAAACCUGAUCAUGAUAUCCUCUUAGUUAUUUUCUUUUUAUGGUUUCUAUUCAAGACUUGACAUUAGUUUUUUUAAAUUAUUUAUGUAUGUAUUGUUUGUUUCCUAGAUGAAAUUAUAAUAGUCCACUGAAAUUUAACUUAUGAAAGAGCUUUACAGUCUAGGUGGCGAUUGUUUGAUUACUCAAGGCAUUGCAGUUUUUAAAAGAGUGAACAAUUUCUGGUGGCUUGGUUCUAUACAAGUACAAAAUCACCACUCGUCCAGUAAUUUUUAAGUUUAAUUGUUGAAUAGAUUAAGAAGUUCUGGUCAAAUUUUUGGUCAAAUAGAACAUUCAAUAAAUAGGGUACCAAUUUAUUGAAAGUCCUAUGAGGAUAGCAAUCAAUCAAAUAUUCGACCCGAACGAUGUUCCAAUUUUAGACCUAAUUUUGAUUGAAAACAUCUCUUACAUAAGGCUUUCGAUAAAUGGGGUACCAAAUUUCUCGAAAGCCUUAUUAGGUAUAUUCAGUCAAUAUUAGUACUAAAACGGAACGGUUUAUGUCUCAAUCAGACUAAAAAUAUUAUUCGACUGGUGUUUUUGUAAAUGUUUGCACUAAAGUUAUCGGCCAUUGUCGAUUUUUUUAAAACAGCAGACAUAAAGUAAGUUACCUAACGGUCGCUUUAUUUGUUUACUAGAAUUUAUUUAAACACUCACUGUGUCAUUGUGAUGUUUUUAAAAAUGUUGAAUAAAGAAACUCACUUGCUCUUUUUUAUUUUGUACCGAACAAUUUUAAAGAAAACGAAUACUAGUGGACUAAUAUAAAACCUAUACUUGUUUGAUCAUUAUGUUUAAUUUAUUUAUUGUUAAGUUUAAUGUAAUUUAAAUGUUGUUUGUCAAUUAUUUGUAAAUUGUUAUCUGUAGGCAUAUAUUUGUAUAUUUAUUAUUUUGUUAGAUUUUUGCCGGCAUUAGAUUACGAAGAAGCCGUUAAUCUUUUUUAAACUUUUAUCUGUGCACAAUAAAUAUUUAAAAGAUUUUUAACGGUAGUCUAGUUAAGUUUGUAAAUCUAUAAAAUUCUCUUUAAUAAAUCACAUCCAUGGAUGAUUUAAAAAAAGAGAGAUUUAUAGCAAAAAUAUUUAUAGAAGUUUAAGUUUUUCUUGUGAUAUUGUUAAUUUAAUAUUAGUAAGUUUGUUUAAAUUGUUUAUAUUUAAAAAAAUUAUUAUUUAUUUUGUUAUCUACUUAGAAAUCAGUUUAAUUAAAUUAGUCUAGAUAUUGUUACCCACCUUGAAGUGUUAAGAUUGUCUUUUUCCUAUGAAUUUGCAUAUGUUUUUCUUUGGUGCAUCUGAAAAAUUCUGCAUAAUUUAUGUGAAAGAUUCCAUCUUAAAUUUAUACAUGUUCAAAUUUUCAAAUCGAUUCAAAGUUAUUGUAAUUUUAAGGAUAUUUUAGUUGUUAAAAUAAAACGCAUAGUCU